UCAGAUGCACCUGGUGGUUUCUGCUGAGUCUUGGUUUUUGAUGAGUCUUCAGGGAGUCAAACACAGGGAGGAACUGGCAUGCAGGAACAGGCACUUACACAGGCAGACGUCCAAGACAAGAAAUUUCCAAGGAAACGCUAUUUCUUACAUUGAUGAGAAUGUAUGGAAAUCAUACCGUUGGACUGAGAAAUUAAUUCUCAGUGAAAAUCAUUUGACCGAAUUACAUAAAGAUUCAUUUGAAGGCCUGCUAUCCCUCCAGUAUUUAGAUUUAUCCUGCAAUAAAAUCCAAUUUAUUGAAAGACGUACCUUUGAAUCACUACCAUUUCUGCAGUAUGUAAAUCUUGGUUGCAAUUUAAUCACUGAACUGAGCUUCGGAACGUUUCAGGCGUGGCAUGGAAUGCAAUUUUUACACAAGGUAAUUCUCAAUCGUAAUCCUCUGACAACUGUUGAAGAUUCAUAUCUUUAUAAAUUGCCAGCAUUAAAAUAUCUAGACAUGGGAACAACACAAGCCCCACUUACAACAGUCGAGAACAUCCUCAUGACAACUCUUGAGUUGGAAAAACUGAUCUUACCUAGCCAUAUGGCCUGCUGCCUCUGCCAAUUUAAAAAUAAUAUUGAGGUUGUCUGCAAGACAGUGAAGCUACAUUGUGAUGCAUGUAUAGGAAACAGCACAGAAGAUUGUUUUGAAGAAGCAAGUGUAGGAAAUGCGGAGGGAGCGCUCAUGAAGGUAUUACAGGCUCGGAAGAAGCACACGAGCACCGAGCUGACCAUUGAGCCAGAGGUAUCCGCAAAUAAAAAUGGCGUCGGCUUGUCAGGCUUCACGAGUGACCAGAUGGACUUCAAUGAUGAAAGUGAUGUCAUUAGUGCACUUAAUUACAUAUUGCCUUAUUUCUCAGAGGGAAAUCUAGAAGAUGUAGAAUCAACAUUAUUACCAUUCAUUAAACUGCUUUUCUCAAAUGUGCAGGAAGGAGAGAAGCCCCUAAGUCAUAUGAAAAACAAUACAAAGGCUCAGCCUCUUGAACCUGGGCCCAGCAAUUCAGCUUACAAAAAUAAACUGAGGAAGCUCUAUUUCCUGGAAAAUUUGUUAGAUGCAGAAAUUCAAGAAAAAAUCUAUGAGGUUAAAAAGAAAGAAAAAACUGCCAUGCUUAUGCAGUCUGGCCUUUUAGGUCCCAAACUUAAACGCCAAAUCUUUCCCAAAAAAGUGGCAACUGCUGAAUCACAGGAAAAUAGCCUGACAGAGAGUGAGAGUGGAGACAGGGGGCUGAAGAAAGUGACGCUAUUCCUCAAAGGGCCCAAGCGCCUACGGAGAAAGCUCUUACAGGUGGCAAGAAUCAAGAGGAAACAGGGUACCUGGCUGACAGCGAAGAAAGUGGCCGAAGAAAGAAUGCUUGGGAAACCAAUCCCGAGUGAAAUGACACAGUUUGACGUGGUGCAGAGGCCUCGGAAGUUUGUGGGAAGCUCCUUCCACACCGAGCCUUCCUUCACGCAGACGCACAAGGCUGCGGUCUCUUCUGUCUUCAAACAGUAUAUUGGCAUGCCUUCUACUUCUGCCACCUCAAAAUCCCUACCUGAGUUUAAAAAACAAUCAAAAGACAUGAGCGACACCAUUUUUGUUUUAGAAGAUGCAAAUGCUAGAGUUAAAAGUAUGGAAGCUGGUAAACCAAUUGUACAUUCUAGAAGAAAAUACCGCUUUCAUAAACCUCAUUCCCAUGUGGCCCACAGAACACCUGCGGCCAAACUAAGUCAAAAGUUUAGAAAAGAAACAGUGUUCCAUGGACAGAUGCCUGUAAAGCGGCCUCCAUUCUCUGCAGUAAGGAGCCUUAUAAAUUCCCCGUCACAUGGGGUUUUUCCACCUUCAGAAGAGCUGAGUCCUCAGGAGAAUCCUUUUCCAGAAUCACUUGCUCCUUCAGAAUCUGUUACAGAAAUCACUACUGUAUCCCCUCUAGGAAAUGGUAUUGAAGAAAACAGUUUUAUGGAAAACACUGCUAUACCUGAAGAAACUAUCUCUGAAAGUACAAAUGAUAAGAAUCCUUCCGCUAUAGAUUCCACUGGGACUGCGUUCUUAAUACCGACUGUUAAACAAAUCAAUGAAACUCUGUGGGAAUACCACAACACGGGCACUGACUUACCCAACAUGGAAAAAAGCUUCACUUACCCAUUGCUCGCGUCCCCGGGUGAUCAAUUUGAAAUGCAGCUAAACCAGCAGCUCCGAUCCCUCAUCCCCAACAACGACGUGAGAAGGCUCAUUUCUCACGUUAUCCGGACUUUGAAAAUGGACUGCUCUGAGACCCAUGUGCAACUGGCCUGUGCCAAGCUCAUCUCUAGAACAGGUCUCCUGAUGAAGCUUCUGAGUGAGCAGCAAGAAGUAAAAGUAUCCAAGGCAGAAUGGGAUACGGAUCAGUGGAAGAGUGAGAACUACAUCAAGGAGAGCACAGAAGCCCAGGCUGAACAGAAAGAGCAGGAGUCAAGUGAGCUCACUAAAGGAGUUCCAGGAUAUGGCUAUAACAACAAACUCAUCUUGGCGAUAUCUGUGACUGUAAUAGUGAUGAUUUUGAUUAUAAUUUUCUGUCUUAUUGAGAUUUAUUCUCAUAGAAGAGCAGCAAUGGCAGAUGUAGAAUCAGGCUCAGUCCCAAGGAGGGAGCGCAUAUCAACAGCAACACCUGUGGAUUCGGCUGCUGAAGGUGGUGAGGAAAGUGAGACCGCGCCAGAAGGGGAGGACGAAGAGUGAUCCAGCCUGCCUAAGGCCGCCUGCAAACUGUACUUUCUAAUGUUGGUAUCUCGGCAUUUCUUGUAAGAUACUUAUUAUUCACACACAAAAAAUGUAUACAGUCUAUUGUCAAUUCCAGCCAGCUGGUAAGAAACUUAAAUGUUAAUAGUUAAAUAUUUAUACACGCAAAACAAGGGCCAGAGUAAAGAAAAGCAGGACUGAAGCCAGAGACUGUCAAGCUGGCCAACACCUCCACAAGCGGCAUUGUGGGCAGAGGACGCACGGGGGCUCUCCCACCUCAUUUCCCAGUCUAGUCAGUCUCCGGGAAGCUGAAAAUACAUCAUCCUGGAGAGAGGGAGCCAAUUUCUAAAUCAAAUACAGUUGUUCUGGGGCUCUCUCCCCUUGUCCAUUAAGAACCAGUCCUUUACAACAUACUUGACCUCUUGCCCUGAGGGGACCUUCCACCUGCUGCCACCUCUCAGAGGGUGGGUGGGGUUGCCAGAAAUGUUUGGAUCACUAAGCCGACCUGCACUGUUGCAUCAAGUCCUCUGUUUUCUCCCAUGCUCCCAAAUUCAUGCGUGAAUGUGUGUCCUUUACCCUUUAAAUCUGGUGGAAAAUUCAAAAAAAUUUUUUUGUUGGUUUUUUCUUUUUAAAAAUCUCAACCCUUGGAUAGCUACUAGGCCAAUUCACUGUCCCUCAGAUGGUUGGAGGGCCAGACUAUAGUUUAAAAAAAAAAAAAAACUUAACAAA